AGAAGGUCAAGGACAUUCAUCGCGUAAAAUGUGUGGCUGAAUUAAUUUUGGCUACAAAAUGGAAAUAGCGAAGUCAAUUUUAGGCGUUCAUGCCCCAGAAGGCUAUAGUUCGCGACGAAUUCAAGCUGAAACGCUUUCGGAGGAUGAGGAUGAAAAGAGCGUUAUAGUAGGAGAAGGAAUCAGCAUUUCGGCUCCACCUCAAUAUGAAGCAUCAGAUGGAUUUGUACCAACUCCUGGGGGUCCUUUUUCAGCUCUUACUCCUUCCAUGUGGCCUCAAGACAUUCUUUCAAAACUGCAUAACACACCAGAAGAUUCAUCUGGUCAAUUAGAUUAUAGAUACGAUGAAUUUGGGAUAAAGGUUGAAGAAGAAGACGGUCCAGAACAAAGUUCUAGCAAGUUAUUAAGUACACCUUUUCUUGAAGAUCCACAGCAACGACUAAAAUGGGUGGCAUAUCUUGAAUUUACCCAUAAUGAAGUUAGCGAUUUAACGUGGGAUAAAGUAGGAAAGAGACUACAAAGAUCAGAAAAAUUACGUACAAUGGUUAGACAGGGUAUACCUCAUUCAAUGAGACCUCAAAUGUGGAUGCGCCUUACUGGGGCAUUGGAAAAGAAAUUAAAAUCAGAUACAUCAUAUAAGGAUUUAGUUAAAACGAGCUCAAGCGACCAUUUAAUGACUUCAAAGCAAAUUGAAAAGGAUUUACUGAGAACAAUGCCAAAUUGCGCUUGCUUUUGCAAUAUAAACAGUACAGGGAUCUCAAGACUAAGGCGUAUACUGCAAUGUGUUGCUUGGCUCUAUCCGAGUAUUGGUUAUUGUCAAGGAACGGGGAUGAUGGCAGCUUGUUUGUUAUUAUUUAUGGAAGAAGAAGAUGCUUUUUGGAUGAUGUGUUCUAUAAUCGAAGAUCUCCUUCCGGCCUCCUAUUAUUCUAGUUCCCUUUUGGGUGUUCAAGCAGAUCAAAGAGUUCUUAGACAACUUAUAAUAACAUAUCUUCCAGAAGUGGAUGAGCUAUUCAGGGAACACGAUAUAGAAAUCUCAUUAAUUUGCCUGCAUUGGUUUCUGACUGCUUUCGCUAGUGUAGUUCAUAUAAGGGUAUUGCUACGUCUGUGGGAUAUUUUCUUUUAUGAAGGUUCAACUAUUCUCUUUCAAGCGACUCUCGGAAUGUUGAAACUUAAAUCUGGAGAAUUGAAAUCUUAUGACAAUUCAGCCCAAAUCUUUAAUGCCCUCUCAGAUGCUCCUGGUGAUGUACAGGAUGUUGAAGCUCUUUUAGAGGUAUCUUUCAGAAUUGCCGGAUCUUUAUCUGAUGUUAUUGUCGAAACGCAUAGAAGGAAACAUUUAGCCUAUUUGAUGGCUGAUCAAGGAGCAUUAGUUAAUCCUGAGUCGGCUAAGAAUCUACCGAAGCAGCAACUUAACAAACGUCAAUUAAAGAGGUCAAGAUCUCUUGUUUCAUUACUUCUCGGUGGCAAUACAGGAGAAGAAUCCGAUAAAGCCAAAAAUAUCCAACAAACAGAAUUAAUAGUAGACUUGAGGGAUUCAAUUUUGCAGAUAGGCAGACAUUUUCAAUCCUUAGAUCCAAAAAAUACAAAAUUUAAUUUGCAAGCAGAUUACACGAUGGAUAGUCAUGCACGGGACCUUGAAAAUUACGCAAAUGUUGCUAGAUGUAGACGACGUAGAGCCAAAGCUCUAAUGGAUUUUGAGAGGCACGACGACGACGAACUUGGUUUUAGAAAGAACGAUAUUAUAACGAUAGUUUCGCAAAGAGACGAACAUUGUUGGAUUGGCGAAUUAAAUGGAUUAAAGGGCUGGUUUCCUGCUAAAUUUGUUGAAUUAUUGGACGAAAGGAGUAAGAGUUACUCUUGCGCUGGCGAUGACUCAGUAACUGAAGCAAUUACUGAUCUAGUAAGAGGAGUAUUAUGCCCAACAAUCAAGGCAGUCUUUGAACAUGGCUUGAAGAGAUCAUCUCUAUUAGCUGGAGCGGGACACCCUUGGCUAUUCGUAGAAGAGGCUGCCACGAAGGAAGUCGAAAGAGACUUUGAGAGUGUCUAUUCCAGAUUGGUAUUGUGUAAAACUUACAGAUUAGACGAAGACGGCAAAGUUCUCACUCCAGAAGAAUUAUUGUACAAAGCCGUACAAUCAGUUAAUAUGAGCCAUGAUGCAGCUCACGCACAAAUGGAUGUAAAAUUUCGGUCUUUAGUAUGCAGCGGACUCAAUGAACAAGUUUUGCAUUUGUGGCUUGAGACGCUCUGCUCUUGUACUGAAAUUAUUGAUAAAUAUUAUUAUCCUUGGUCUUUUAUGAGAAGUCCAGGCUGGGUGCAAAUCAAGUGUGAAUUACGAUUAUUGUCUCAAUUCUCUUUUAACUUGUCUCAGGAUUGGGAAAUACCUACAAGCAAAAGCUCUGAUUUAAGCGCACCCCUACGAGAUGGGGUUAGGGAUAUGCUAAUCAAGCAUCAUCUAUUCAGUUGGGAUAUUUGA